UGUAGUUGCUUCAGACUGCUGGAUACACCUUCCUAUCUUAUCCUUAGCUUUUUGCCACCUCUACCAAAGCCACCAUGUCGCCUGCUCGGCCUGCCACUGUGCUGGGGACAAUGCAGAUGGGGUGCCGCAUGGACCCAACAGCUAGCGCCGCUUCAGUGCGCGCCUUCCUGCAGCGCGGCCACACCGAGAUAGACACAGCCUACUUGUAUGCUGAAGGCCAGUCAGAGACUAUCCUGGGCGGCAUGGGGCUUGAGCUGGGCCGCAGAGGCUGCAAAGUGAAAAUUGCCACCAAGGCUUGUCCACUGUUUGGGAAGACGUUGAAGCCUGAUGAUGUGAGGGUCCAGCUUGAGACAUCCCUGAAGAGGCUGCAAUGUCCCCGGGUGGACCUCUUCUAUUUACACAUGCCAGAUCACAGCACCCCUAUCGAGGAGACGCUGCAGACCUGCCAGCAGCUGCAUCAGGAGGACAAGUUUGUGGAGCUUGGUCUGUCCAACUAUGCCUCCUGGGAAGUGGCUGAGAUCUGUACCCUCUGCAAGAAAAAUGGCUGGAUCAUGCCAACUGUGUACCAGGGCAUGUACAAUGCCACCACCCGGCAGGUGGAGAAGGAGCUCUUCCCCUGCCUCAGACACUUUGGAUUAAGAUUCUAUGCCUUCAACCCUUUGGCUGGGGGCCUGCUGACUGGCAGAUAUAAAUACCAGGACAAGGAUGGAAAGCAGCCUGAGAGCUGUUUCUUUGGGACUCGAUUUUCCCCGAUAUACAUGAACCGCUACUGGAAGGAGGAACACUUCAAGGGCAUCGCCCUGGUGGAGAAUGCAUUGAAGUCCACUUAUGGCAGCAAUACCCCUAGCAUGACCUCAGCGACCCUGCAAUGGAUAUACCAUCACUCACAGCUCAAGGGUGACCGUGGGGAUGCAGUCAUCCUGGGCAUGUCCAGUGUGGAGCAGCUGGAACAGAACUUGGCCUUGGUUGAGGAAGGGCCCCUGGAGCCAGCUGUCGUGGAGGCCUUUGACCAAGCCUGGAACCUGGUUGCCCAUGAUUGUCCCAACUACUUCCGCUAAGCUGGAUCUGACCUGGGGAGGUGUAGAGGUCACUGCUUGCCACUCUGUGCUCUGCCCUGGCCAGUCUGGGCCUUGGGUCUUUCUCAUCAAGAUCCCUGAUGGUUUCUUCUGUCGGUUUGUUUCCUUCUGUUGCCUUGCUCUACACCCAGCCAGGUGCCUUCAGUGUGAGAGCUGGCUGAGCUCUGCCCCAGUACCUCCUGAUGAAUAAAACUGUCACCUGUGGAGGCUGUAGCCCAGGCUGCUGCAGACCUGGU